AUGACGAUGCCGCGAGACAAAGCGGCCCGCUGCCGAACCUCCUCCCCCGUGGCCAGCGCGAUGCCGCUGCUCUUCCUGCUCGUCAUGGUCGCCGCGGCGGCGGCGGCCACGCCGUCGCCGCCGGUGCCGCGCACGGCGGAGGUGCAGGCGGAGGUCGACGCGCUGCUCGCGUUCCGCGCGGCGCUGCGCGACCCCUACGCGGCCAUGGCUGGCUGGGACGCCGCCUCGCCCUCCGCGCCCUGCUCCUGGCGCGGCGUGGCCUGCGCGCCGGGCGGCACCGGCCGCGUCGUCGAGCUGCAGCUCCCGCGCCUCCGCCUCGCCGGCCCGCUCUCCCCCGCACUCGCCUCGCUCCGCCACCUCCAGAAGCUCAGCCUCCGCUCCAACGCGCUCUCCGGGGCCAUCCCGCCGGCGCUCGCCCGCCUCGCCUCGCUCCGCGCCGUCUUCCUCCAGGACAACGCGCUCUCGGGCCCCAUCCCGCCGUCAUUCCUCGCCAACCUCACCGCCCUCGAGGCCUUCGACGUCUCCGCCAACCUCCUCUCCGGCCCCGUCCCGGCCGCGCUCCCGCCCGGCCUCAAGUACCUCGACCUCUCCUCCAACGCCUUCUCCGGCACCAUCCCGGCCGGCGCCGGCGCCUCGGCCACCAGGCUCCAGCACUUCAACCUCUCCUUCAACCGCCUCCGGGGCACCGUGCCGGCGUCGCUCGGGGCCUUGCAGGACCUGCAUUACCUCUGGCUGGACGGCAACCUUCUCGAGGGGACCAUCCCGUCGGCGCUCGCCAACUGCUCCGCGCUGCUCCACCUCAGCCUCCAGGGGAACGCGCUCCGCGGCAUUCUGCCGGCCGCGGUCGCGUCCAUACCGUCGCUGCAGAUACUCUCGGUGUCGCGCAACCUGCUCUCCGGCGCCAUCCCGGCCGCGGCUUUCGGCGGCGAGAGGAACUCCUCGCUGCGCAUCCUGCAGCUGGGGGACAACCAGUUCUCCAUGGUGGAUGUGCCCGGUGGGCUCGGCAAGGGUCUCCAGGUCGUGGACCUGGGGGGCAACAAACUGGGCGGCCCGUUCCCCACAUGGCUCGUCGAGGCCCAGGGGUUGACGGUGCUCAACCUUUCUGGCAAUGCAUUCACCGGCGACUUGCCGGCGGCGGUCGGGCAACUUACUUCGCUGCAAGAGCUGCGCCUUGGAGGCAAUGCUCUCACUGGCACAGUGCCUCCGGAGAUUGGCAGAUGCGGUGCUCUCCAGGUGCUUGUUCUUGAGGAGAACAGCUUCUCCGGCGAGGUUCCUGCAGCCCUUGGCGGCCUCAGGCGGCUCAGAGAGGUCUAUCUUGGUGGAAAUUCUUUCUCAGGCCAGAUUCCGGCUGCUUUGGGGAACCUCUCCUGGCUGGAAACACUGUCAGUACCGAAGAACCGGCUCACCGGUGGCUUGCCAAAUGAGCUCUUCUUGCUGGGCAACCUGACAUUCCUGGACCUCUCUGAUAACAAGCUCGCCGGUGAGAUUCCUCCUGCAAUCGGCAGCCUGCCUGCUCUCCAGAGUUUGAACUUGAGCGGCAAUGCCUUCUCAGGCCGCAUUCCGUCGACCAUUGGCAGCCUGCUGAACCUCCGAGUUCUUGAUCUCUCUGGUCAGAAGAACCUCUCGGGCAAUCUCCCCACAGAGCUUUUCGGUUUGCCACAGCUGCAGCAUGUGUCGCUCGCCGACAACUCGUUCUCCGGCGAUGUCCCAGAAGGGUUCAGCAGUCUGUGGAGUCUGCGGCACCUUAACAUCUCAGUCAAUUCUUUCUCGGGGUCAAUCCCGGCCACCUAUGGGUACAUGGCAUCCCUCCAGGUGCUCUCGGCCUCCCACAACCGCAUCUCCGGCGAGGUGCUAGCAGAGCUCGCCAACUGUUCCAACCUCACCGUGCUUGACCUCAGUGACAACCAUCUGACUGGCCCAAUACCGAGUGACCUCUCGAGGCUUGACGAACUGGAAGAGCUCGACCUCAGCCACAAUCAGCUGUCCAGCAUGAUACCACCAGAGAUCUCCAACAGUUCCUCACUUGCCACUCUCAAGCUUGAUGACAACCAUCUCGUCGGUGAGAUACCGGCCUCUCUUGCCAACCUCUCGAAGCUGCAGACGCUUGACCUGUCAUCCAACAACAUCACAGGCAGCAUCCCUGUUUCAUUGGCUCAGAUUCCAAGCCUUGUGUCAUUCAAUGUGUCACACAAUGACCUUGCCGGAGAGAUACCGCCGGUGCUCGGCUCCCGCUUUGGCACACCCUCGGCAUUUGCUGCCAACCGAGACUUGUGUGGUCCGCCAUUGCAGAGCGAAUGCGGUGAGUACCGGCGGCGCCGGAAGCGACAGAGACUGCAGCGCCUGGCUCUGCUGGUUGGCGCCGUGGCUGCUGCAUCACUGCUCCUCCUGUUGCUGUGCUGCUGCUGUGCGUUCAGCUUGCUGCGGUGGAGGCGCCGGUUUGUUGAGCGGCGUGAUGGCGUCAAGAAGAGGCGGCGCAGCCCUGGACGGGGCAGUGGGUCGAGCGGCACAAGCACGGAGAGCCAGACGAAGCUGGUCAUGUUCAAUUCCAGGAUCACCUAUGCCGACACGGUGGAGGCGACGCGGCAGUUUGACGAGGAGAAUGUGCUUAGCCGUGGCCGCCAUGGACUCAUGUUCAAGGCCUGUUACAGUGAAGGAACCGUGCUGGCCAUCUUACGGCUCCCUUCAACCUCAGCCGAUGGCGCCGUGGUGGUGGAGGAGGGCUCGUUCAGGAAAGAGGCCGAGUCUCUAGGCAGGGUGAAGCACAGAAACCUCACCGUCCUUCGUGGCUACUACGCCGGGCCGCCGCCGGAUGUCCGUCUGCUGGUGUACGACUACAUGCCGAAUGGCAACCUCGCCACAUUGCUCCAGGAAGCGUCUCACCAAGACGGCCACAUCCUCAACUGGCCGAUGAGGCACCUCAUCGCCCUCGGCGUCUCCCGCGGCCUCGCGUUCCUCCACCAGUCCGGCGUCAUCCACGGAGAUGUCAAGCCACAGAACAUACUCUUCGACGCCGACUUUGAGCCACACCUGUCUGAUUUUGGGCUGGAGCCAAUGGUGGUGACCGCGGGCGCCGCCGCGGCCGCCGCCGCUGCAUCGACAUCGGCCACGACACCGGUUGGAUCACUCGGCUAUGUCGCCCCAGACGCGGCGACCGCCGGACAGGCUACAAGGGAGGGCGAUGUCUACAGCUUCGGCAUCGUGUUGCUGGAGCUGCUCACCGGCCGGCGCCCCGGCAUGUUCGCCGGCGAGGACGAGGACAUCGUGAAGUGGGUGAAGCGGCAGCUGCAGUGCGGGGCGGUGGCGGAGCUGCUGGAGCCGGGCCUGCUGGAGCUGGACCCGGAGUCGUCGGAGUGGGAGGAGUUCCUGCUGGGGAUCAAGGUGGGUCUGCUGUGCACCGCCUCCGACCCGCUGGACCGGCCGGCGAUGGGCGACGUGGUGUUCAUGCUCGAGGGCUGCCGCGUCGGCCCGGACAUCCCCUCCUCCGCCGACCCGACCACCCAGCCGUCCCCGGCGUAG